CGAUAACAAUGCUGUUCUAAAGCGUGUUUAACACCGGGCCAUUGACUUCAACGGGUUAGAAGGUGUAACUCUGCUUUGGAUAGCACUGUUUCUCUGAGAGCGGUUUCUCUGCCCUUCCCACGCUUUUUCCUUCAUGAAACACUGUUUGCCGCCAUGAAAGAGGAAACUGCCACCAUCUGUUUCAAUGAAGAUGAUUAUUACUGCCCUGUCUGUCAAGAUGUGUUCAAAACACCAGUGAGAAUUUCUAUUUGUCAGCAUGUGUUUUGCAGGAAAUGUUUCCUAAUGGCUAUGAAGGAAGGUGGAACACACUGCCCAUUAUGCCGGGGAAUUGUAACCAGAAAAGAAAAAGGACGUCCCAGCAGAGCCUUAGAAGUUGAAAACGACAUGAAGAAAUUGUUGGGGAGCUGUAGGUGCUGUGACAAACAGGUUAGAUUAUCUCGUAUGAGACAGCAUUAUAAGUCAUGUAAGAAAUAUCAAGAUGAAUAUGGAGUUCCUUCAUCGAUUCCAAACUUAGAAAUAUCACAAGAUUCAACUGGAAACAGUUUUAGAAGUGAGUCUUCUAUUUCGGAAAUUGGAGAAAAUUCUAACCUACAAGUUUCUGAAGAAGAUACAAGUGGACAGCCCACAUUUAAAUGCCCUUUGUGUCAAGAAAGCAAUUUUACAAGACAGUGCUUAUUGGAUCAUUGCAACAACAGCCAUCUUUACCAAAUAGAUGCUGUAAUCUGUCCUAUUUGUGUUUCUCUUCCAUGGGGAGAUCCUACUCAGGUCACGAGAGAUUUUGCUAAUCACUUAAAUCAAAGACAUCAAGUUGACUAUGGAGGUUUUAUGAAUCUUCAGCUGGAUGAGGAAACUCGGUUCCAAAAUACUGUUGAAGAAUCUAGUCAAGUGAACCUUUGAAGUUUCCAGUUUGAAGUUUCACAACACUGCUGUCUGCUGGAGGGGAGCUGCUUUAGUGAUCUCACAAUGUUAAUAAAAGGGAGCUUGGAUCCCAUUGAACUAUGGUUAUUAUUUUCUUUUAACUUCAGUUCAUUUGAAGAAUGCUUUUUUUAAUUUAAACAAACUCACUAUAGGCAUUGUAAUGUUAUAUUUGAGCACGGAAUAUUUUCUCUUACAGUAAUGGCAGAAAUAGUGUGAAUAUUUUGUGGGGAGAACCUUACUGCCUUUGAUAAUUGAGCUGUUUGGAGUUGUUUCUUUUUUGUUUUUUAAAAGCUUUGAUAUGAUAUACUCUAGGAAAUAUUUUUAAUUACAUUGGAAUGAGAGCUGAAAUUGGAAUUCAGAAAAUGAGAAGAAAGUGUCUACUUUAUACAGUCUUUGUAUAAUUGCAUUGGGCGAGUAUGGGGGGAAAGUAAUUUUGACUUCCUGGUGUAUGUGUAAUUGCUUUUAUUCUACUCCAUUACCUAAUUCCUGUGUUGUCCAUAUUAAUGCUUUAGGUGAAUAAAAAAUUAUUAUCGUUUUGGAAGACUAGAUAGACUUUAUAAUAAUUAGAAGUUAUUACUUGCAGUACAUAUCUGGAACUGCAGAAAUACUACUUGUUUUGGAGACAAGGAUUAUUCUGAUGUCAUGACUGUAGUCAUAAUAAAUCAACACUGUUUAAGUAUUAGAUUUAAAAUAGGUUUGGAUUCAAGGUGU